AUGCUACUUCGUCAAUGGACUCAUGUCACCUCCCUGUCUUUGGCCAAGGUCACCAUGAAGGUAGUCAUGCCCAUGGCACUGGUAUCAGCACAACGAGUGCAGACAUUGCAGAAGCUGCGGCUAGACAGAAUGGAAGUGGCUGCAGAUGCCAUUACGUUUUACAUUUAUGAACUAGUCAAGCAGAGCAGACCAGGGGUGACAGUGUUUAAGAUCAUAUUUACGGCAUACCCCACGGAUUCACGUCUAUGUGUGAUGUCACACUUGCUUUAUUAUAUCAAGACCACCAGAAGCCUAAGAGGUGUGGAAUCAGCAUUGUUUAUUAGCCACAAAAAACCCCAUAAGAAAGUGUCGGUUCAGACCAAUUCAAGGUGGCUGAAGCAGGUUCUGCUUUAUGCAGGUAUUGACACUGACAAUUUGAAAUCUCCUUCCACCAGGGCGGCAUCAAUGUCAGCGGCCAGGCCAAUGGACGUCCCCAUCGACUAUAUCCUCGCGGCCGCAGAAUGGUCAAGUUUUGAAUUCAGGGCUCAGACAGCAGAUCCAGCUGGAGGUGUGAAGAGUGACUGGGUGCAUCCAACAGUGACCAGAGCGGAGCCCAAGAUGCUGAGACUCUGUUUAACUCUCUCUGUCCUCCUGGGGCUGCAGGUUGCAGGAACAGGAGCAGAUCACAGUGUGGGGGAAGCGUGCAAGAAUAGCAUUUGUUUACCACUCAAAAAAUUAAUUAAAUAUGAUACCUAUGAAGAACUUUACCUCCCAGAACUGCGAUGGCUCUCUACAUUUGUUAAAGGUGCAGAUCUGAACACUGCAAUAGAUAUCGCCAUCUCUAGAUUUUUCAAAUAUUCCCGUUUCAAUAAUUCUGCAGAUACGGUAGUUCCCCUCAGUAUUCCUUGGUCAGUUUAUGUCCCUUUAACAUUUGAGAUUCCAACAUCAGGAUUCUUGGUUUCCAUUUCACUGCCUGCUGGGAUCGUGGAUCCACCUGCUCCAAAUGAUCCAUCGGUUCAGCUCCUCCAAUCUCCUGAAGUACAAUCUUAUGUCAGGACUUUUACGGAGAAAACUGAAGACUAUGAUCAACUCAUCGAUGAAUUCAAAAGGGACUUGGAAAAGGACAAUCGUUCCUUUAACAACACUGGUGUCUACAUCAAUUGGUACAAUAUAAAUGGACUAAUGCAAAUUGUAAUUAAAAAGUAAUGUAACAGAAUAUCUCAAUUAGAGGAUCUGUUACAUUUACAGAUUACAAACAGUGAGAUGUGCUAAAGUAUUUACCUAACUUUAACAAGGUUCUCCCACCAACAACAAUAACAUGUAUUUCUGUGGCAUUUUAAUACUGAGACUGCAAAGAGUUUGAAUGUAAACCAUCUGCAAAAUAGCAAGCCCUGUUCCUAACCAUUUCUCCUGUUGACAGCUGCUCUUGGGAAAUUAAUAAGCUGUUGUCUUCUGUGUUUGCGUGUCUUUUGCUUUUCGAACUGCUGGGAAUGUAUUUUCACUGUGAAAUAAAGAGGGUGAUGCAUCAC